GACGUCACGUCCGUCCGCCGGAGGUGACCGAGGAGAGUCCCGGACCCGCAAUGCUCCGUCAGGCCGCCCGACUCCGGCUUUGCGUCCGGCUGCGGCCGCUACCCCAGCGCCGGGCCCUGGCCCUGGCCCUGCCCCAGGCCCGGUCCCGCUGCUGCUACCGGCUGGCAGCCGGCGGGAGGGGCCCGGCUCCCGGAGCCGUCCGGGGCUGGCAGCCGAGCGCCGCGUUCCCGACGCCGGGAGCGAGCCGCUGGUACAGCGUGCCCGCGCAUCAGCUGGUGCAGUUGCCGGCCCUCUCCCCAACGAUGCAAAUGGGAACUAUCGUGCGAUGGGAGAAGAAGGAGGGCGAAAAAAUAAACGAAGGGGAUUUGAUCGCAGAGGUGGAGACCGAUAAGGCGACGGUCGGCUUUGAGAGCCUGGAAGAGUGCUACAUGGCGAAAAUCCUGCUGCCCGCGGGAACCCGCGACGUGCCUCUGGGCACGGUCAUCUGCAUCACCGUCCAAAGCGCUGAAGACAUUCAAGCUUUUAAAGAUUACACUCCGGAGAUGGUGACCGCAGCCCCGGCCCCGCAGACCCCGGCAGCCACCGCCCCCCCCGUGGCGCCGUCCACGGCUCCAGCUCAGGCCCCCGGCAGCUCCUACCCGCCCCACAUGAAGAUCUCCCUGCCUGCCCUCUCUCCCACCAUGACAAUGGGCACCAUUCAGAGAUGGGAGAAGAAGGUCGGUGAGAAGCUGUGCGAAGGAGACCUCAUCGCAGAGAUUGAGACGGACAAGGCCACGGUGGGCUUUGAAGUGAUGGAAGAGGGUUACUUGGCUAAGGUCCUGCUUGCUGAGGGCACCCGGGACAUUCCCCUCGGGACAGCGCUCUGCAUCAUCGUGGAGAAGGAGUCCGACAUUCCGGCGUUCGCUGACUACGUCGAGACUGGGGUCGCCGACAUUAAACCGCAGGCCCCGCCUCCGGCCCCCCCUGUCGCUCAGCAAACCGCGGCAACACCGCCCGUAUCCACUCCUGCACCCGCCCCCAGAGAUCCCAAAGGUCGCAUCUUCGUCAGCCCGCUGGCGAAGAAGCUGGCGUCUGAAAAGGGCAUUGACCUCCAGCUGGUGAAAGGCACUGGGCCAGAAGGCCAGAUCAGGAAGAAAGAUAUCGAUUCUUUCGUGCCUUCAAAGGCUCCGGGUGUAGCAGCACCGAGUGUAGCAGCGGUUCCCACCGGAACGUUCACGGAUAUCCCCAUCACCAGCAUACGGAAGGUUAUAGCCCAGCGUCUCAUGCAGUCCAAGCAGAGCAUCCCCCAUUAUUACCUCUCCAUAGACGUCAACAUGGACACGAUCCUGGAGCUUAGGAAGCAGCUAAACGAGGAGGUUAAAUCUGAAAAUGUAAAGCUGUCGGUGAACGACUUUCUCAUCAAGGCUUCGGCUCUGGCCUGCUUGAAGGUUCCGGAAGCAAACUCCUCCUGGCAGGACACCAUCAUCAGGCAGCACCACGUCGUGGAUGUCAGUGUUGCUGUGAGUACCCCUGCUGGCCUGAUCACUCCCAUCGUGUUCAACGCGCACAUCAAGGGGCUGGCUUCCAUCAGCACCGAUGUGAAAUCCCUGGCUGAGAGGGCUCGCGAGGGCAAACUCCAACCCCACGAGUUCCAGGGCGGUACUUUUACGAUCUCGAACCUGGGGAUGUACGGUAUAAAGAACUUCUCGGCCAUUAUCAACCCACCUCAGGCGUGCAUUCUGGCUGUGGGCGGAUCGGAACAAAGGCUACUUCCCGCAGACAACGAGAAAGGGUUCGACGUCGCCAAGGUGAUGGCCGUGACCCUGAGCUGUGACCAUCGCGUCGUGGACGGGGCCGUUGGGGCGCAGUGGCUCGCCGAGUUCAAGAAGUUCCUCGAGAGGCCGUCAACCAUGUUGUUGUAGACCGUUGUCGGUCAGACCUCGCGCACUGCUUUCCAUUUGUAAAUUCCUCAGUCUUGCAUGAGAGUCUCACUGUCCUGUUACAGAUUGUAAGUAUUUAUAUACACUGUGAACGAGAUGUGCAGUUGAACUAGAAUUCAGAGUUUAUACAGAGGGGGGAGCUUCUCCAGGCUUUCUAGUUGUCCGUCCCCUCCCAGCACUGAGGUCUCUGGACCUUCUGUCGGCGUAACUGUAGCUCCAGGCUUUCACGGGGUGGGGCUGCCCCGCCCCCUCCACCUCUCGCAGCCCGGGUCUGGGGCCGUGCGUGGCGGAGAGGGAAAACCGACGCCACUGGCCAAUCCUGCGCUGUUUCCCAAGCAGCCAGCUGGCGUCCUUGCUCAAUUACUUCCACGGUCAGUCGCAGAGGGUUGGAUUUGCCACCCGUGCUUCGGGUAAAAACACUGGGAAUAAGCAGGCACCAGUUUAAACCAGGAGGCUUUCUUUUCUGGAUUUGUACGAUUAGAAUCGGUGAAAGCUUCUCUCCGACGCAGUUGGGGAUGAAUUAGGACAGAUUAAGACAGCCAUCCAGUUCAGGUCUACCUCACUUUAGUUGAGCUUUUUUAAUUAAAAGCAUCCAAGUUCCAGCUUGACUGCCGGCCUGUCGUCCAGUGUCUGCGUCAGAUGGUGCAGAGGGUUUGGAACGAUUACGAGGACGGGUGAUAGGGAAGAUUUACGCCUGGGUGUUGGUGCCUGCAAGGCUUCUCCUCUCCCUGUUCCUUCUGCAUCCAGGACAAGGUGACGCAGGAUGCAGUGGAACUCCACACCUCUGCAAUUGCCCACUUUUGAGCCGUAUUUUACAAUUGGGUCCGAAAGAGGGCAGUUGUGCAGUUGGCCGACGCGCUGGCAGCGGCCGGAGCAGGUAGCACACACAGGCUGCAAGUCUGCACCGACUGCUGUUCACCAUCAGCUGAAGUUUUUAAAGUAUUCCCUUUUUUUCUGCCACAAGAGUUUAAUGGUUCAAGUGAGCUUAUACACACACACACACUUCCCCCGCUAUGUGAAGGUAGAGCGUUCCUAUGAAACGGCUCGUAAGCCGGAAUGUCAUAAAGCCAAGAAGCGAUUACCGUUAAUUUAUACGGGAAAAGUUUAUGAGCGUUUGCAGACCCAAAAAAUAACCUACCAAAUCACACCAAAUAGCACUGAAAAACCUAAAAUAACAGUAACAUAUUGUAAAAGCAGGAAUGAACUGAUAAAUACACAGCCUAUAUAAAGUAGGAAUACUUUUCUGCAAUUAUUGCGGCACUGUCCGCCGCAGCGAAAAUCUCACGCAAGCACACUCAGCAGACCUCACAGCAGAAACACACGGUGCAAGAGCUCCGGGCAGAAACACACCGCGCAAGGGCUCCCGGCAGAAACACACGGCGCAAGGGCUCCCGGCAGAAACACACGGCGCAAGCACUUCCGGCAGAAACACACGGCACAAGAGCUCCAGGCAGAAACACACGGCGCAAGGGCUCCCGGCAGAAACAGACGGCUCAAGAGCUCCCGGCAGAAACACGGCGCAAGGGCUCCCGGCAGAAACACACGGCGCAAGGGCUCCCGGCAGAAACACACGGCGCAAGCGCUCUUGGUAGAAACACGUGGUGCAGGAGCCUCACGCAUUUUUCUAUCAUACAGUUCUUUGUAAGCACUCACACCAUCCUGCAAAUAUGCCCUAAACCUACGUACCCUUUCAAAAUUAAAGUCAUACUUUUCUGCAAUCAUCGCAGCGUUGUCAAUCGCAGCGAAAAUCUCACACAAUUGUAUCACGUUCAGUUCCUGGACAACUUCGCUUUCGGGCUGUUCGCUACUGUGUUCGGCUUCAAUUGUUAUUCUUUCAUCAGCUCUUCAUCUCUCAGUUCUUGGUCAUGGGAUGCCAAAACCUCUUCAACAUCAUCUUCGUCAAAUUCCACAAACCCUUAGCCAAACUCACUGUGCCCUUACUUGGUUCACCACGAUCGAAGGGCUGAGUUGUGUCUAGUUUUACGCUAGGUGUAACCACCCUGGCGCGCUCUUUUAGGCUUUUCUGACACCUGAGUACCCACCUUGCUAACAGAGGCGCAAAAAUAAAUCGACAGAAAGCACAGAUGUUCACAGGCACGUGUUUAAGCGAUGCCGGCUGGAAUGCAGUUCCAGGGGGAGGAACUUGGCCGCCUUUUUUUCUAACAGUGAAAACACCUUCUGUUAGCGAAAACAGGUAACUGAUGUAGGUCUUUCGUAAUAGCGAAUCAACGUAAAGCGAACGUUCGAAAAACGGGGGACACCUGUGUGUGUGUGUGUAUUUAUUUUUUUUGUUAAAUACUCUCACCAGAAACAGAUCUGCUUUGUCCAGGUUCUGUUUUGUGUGCAGACACUGCAGUCAGCACGCUGAACCAGGACUGGGAACAAAGGGGACCGUUCUUAGCCUGGAGCUUCAGAUUAUGCCAUCGUCUUUCUGUAACGGGAGGGACCAGAUCGCUAUAAAAGCAACAAUGGUGCCACACGACGGCCCCGCUCCUGUCUGAUAAUCCCUACCCUCAGUGUGUGCGCCUGAAUUAAUUUUUUUUGUGUGUUUUUACCUUGAUACUCCAGUAUCUUUUGCCCGAUUGCUUCCGAGAAGAUGGAGGGGAAGGGGGAGGGUGCGCAGGUCAGAGAUGUACAAGGAAGCCCAAUGUAGAAUACUGUACAUUAUUCACGUUUGUAUAUGGACAUAUCAUCGAGUUUUACGUCCCCGAUGUGCAUCUGCAGAGUCUGUGUGUGUGUGUGUGUGUGUGUGUCCGAGCGAGAGACCUUUGCAUCGUCAUUCUCAAAUUGCGAGCUGUGUGAAGGAAUUCUGGACUUCAUUAAUUAAACCAAAUCUCCAUUCUCGAAUCAGA